AUGUCGAUAAAUACAUCAAAUACGCAAGAUGGUUAUGGUGUACUUAUAUACAAUGGCGAAAUGAUUCUUAUUUAUAUUGAUGAAGUGGUUUUACAAUUUUCGAAUGAACCAAAUGCAAUUUUUAAAGGAAAGAAAUGCGGAAAUUUAUAUUUGACUGGUCAUCGAAUAAUAUUCAUCAAUCGUAAUAAAGAUGAAAUGAGAUCGUUUUCGAUGCCUUUCCAUUGUUUGAGAAAUGUGAGAUUGGAACAGCCAGUAUUGGGUGCGAAUUAUUUGAUAGGUGAAGUAGUAUCACAGCCAGGAGGAAAUUGGGAUGGUAAAGUAACAUGGAAAUUAACCUUCAACAAAGGUGGUUGCAUCGAUUUCGGAAUGGCUCUUCUCAAAGCAACUGAUAUGGCCCAUCAGUUUCGUCCAUACAACGCACCGCCGCCUUAUGCUCCUCCUCCUGGCUUUUUCUUUGCAGCACCUCCAUGCUAUUAUAUGCCACCGAAUGGUAUGUACAAUGGAUUCCAGGCACCUGUGAAUGUAUUCCCAGACCAGCCACCAGUUGGUAAUGUAUUUAUCUACGAAGCGCCACCACCAUAUACAGGAAUUGGUCCAAAUCAGCCUCCAAUACCAGGCGAUGCACUACGUGGUGCUUCUGCUCCACAAGAAAUGCCUCCAGCUUAUUAUCAGCAAGCCGGGCCGCUUCCUCAGAAAUCUUAA